AUGACUAUCACCCUAGAUAGAUUGCCUUUCGAUGUUUUAUUCUACAUUGCGUCCAUCCUAAAAUUCGACGAUAUUAUUAACUUAAGCCAUUCAUGCCGCCAGCUAAAACUUCUUCUGAACGAGAGUACGCUAUGCCGAAAGACUAUCGAGACACACGCCCCUUACAGCAAGGAAGCAAGGCUCGCUCAAGAUCGUCACAUAACGUACGGGGAGGCUGUGCAGAGCGUAUACGACAGGCGAGAAGCCUUUUCAAAUGCUUAUCCGUUUUCAGCUCGUAUCGUCGGCCAAGGGACCGCUUUUACUUACCGGCAAGGGAUACUAUGCGUCCUGUCCGGUAGCACUAUUCGUGUUUCGGACGAACAUACCACUCCAGCUUUUUUCAAUAUUGAUCUAUCCCGUACCCUUGGGUCUCUGUCCGAGUCCUCUACCGGUUCACCCAGUGAGCUUAAAAUUUCCUUGUUAUACUACAGCGACAAUAUUCUCGCAAUCCACUAUGGAAGAAAGACAAGGCCCAAUAACGGACGAAUUCUUGCUAUCAGUACGAAGACGGAUCUCGCUGAUGAAGAGAGGCUUCUUGAAGACAUUCCACUAGAGUCAAGCUACAAGCUUUUCGUACGCCAUACAGCUACCUACCUCUACUACGGGACGUACACGGGAGUUGGAGACCACGGCCACCAUGAGUGGGAGAUUCGUGGAGUCUCGUUGGACAAAGCCCAUCCUCUGCCUAAGCAAACACGACCUUUGCAGCUAGAAGAAUUCUUUGGUACAGACAUUGGUUUUACGAUUGCCUUCGAGAUCCAUAAUGGCUACUUUUAUGCACUAUCAAACCAGACAUCUUUUGAGGUGGAAGAGAUUGACUGGACAUCAUUCUAUCACUGCAUACGCUUUCCUCUCAGCAAACCUCUUUGUAAUGAGGUUGAAAUCAACACUCGCGUUUACCGUCGACAGCACAAGGAAGGCCCAAUACACGACUCUUGGACAGAUCUUACCAUUCAGGUCGAUGAGCUUACAAACAAGCCAUUCAUUGUUGAGUCCCGCCGUGAGUGGCUGAACUCAUCAAGUAGCCAACUCAGAACAUUCUACAUAACAGAUAUUGAAUUUCCGAAAUUGACUACCAGCACACCCUCAGAGGGUGGAUCACCCACACCAGGAUCAGCGGAUCAGAAUCCUCUCCCAAUUGACGACCCUUUACGUGCGCUUCUCGACUCCUCUAACAACCCAAACUUUGCGCCGGACCAACCACGCUUGAACUGGAACGCCCAUCCCGAGUUUGAGCCGGGAUGCAACCCUGCCCGAUCGUUUGUGUUUUCGAAGACAAAAUUUCGAGCAUACAAUUUCUCCUGCAGCUCUUUCAUUGACCUCGUUGAAGACGAGAAAUGUUGUAGUGGUGUGUCUGUUGGUCCUUGCUUGCGAAUACGGAUUGGCUCACGACGCCCCGCUCCGAUAGAUUGGGAACCGUCCGAUAAAAUUACGUCUUCAAGGAAUCAAUCGAUCGGCCCGCCUCCCCUUGGUGAUACCUGGUACCGUCACUCUUCAAUAAGGAUGUGGCCACCGCCUGCGAAUACAUGCCCCUGCUCGAAAAGACUGCAUGAGAUCCUCAAUCCUCGAAUGGUCUCAGAAUCUGUCUAUAAUAGGACUAUUACUGGUGAAAUGGAUGAGCGCAGCUUUGUAUACAUGGUUCGGCCGGGGAGGUCAUACUCGACGGACGACGAGAACGCCUUGGGCACCAUCAUUGCGAUCAGCUUCAACCGCGAAAGGCGCGACACGUCGACCCAAGAGCCGGAACUAAACAGUCAGGGCCAUUCCAAGGACGUAUUCAAUCCCUCUUAUUGGCACUGGCAACCUGGGCAUCUUUGCCGAGUGCAGCAAUGUUGCUGA